AUGGCAGAGAAUCCUCGAGAAUCCGGCUCCUCGCAGGAGCCUGGCAGCCACCUCCCGGUCAGCAUCCCAAAUACCGACCCAAAGAAGCCGAAGCAUGACUUCCCUCAAUCACAAGUCGGGAAGUUAUGGGAUGCCUUUGGCAACCCCGAAGAACCUGUGAACGCGCUCGCCAAUGCGUCCUACAAGCCCCGGGGCAAGGACCCGAAAGAUGUCUCAUACUCUGACGUUGUCGGCUCAGUAUCCCUGUCCGAAAUCUCAUCAUUCUACAAGGCGCCAUGCGCACGAGAAUCGCUACUGACCGGAAUUGGCGCUGGAUUUGGUAUUGGUGGUGUACGCGCUGUAUUUGGAGGGAUGCGCUCAUUAUGGUCCGCCGGCAACUGGGCAGUCGGAAUAUUCGCAGUCACCUCUCUGGGGGCGUACGAAUUCUGUCGACGACGCCGGAUUCAAGAAUUGCAUGGAAUGAAGGAAGCUGUUGAGCUCAUGAAGGAAUUGAAGGAAAAGAAGCAACGGGACAAGGAGAAGGCUGCUGAGGAGGCAGCCAGGCGGGCAGAGGAAGAGACGCGGAAAAAGAGUUGGACAAACCUCUCCAACUACAAAUUCUGGUAG